AUGCUGUCCGCCGCUGCCCGACCUGCUCUCCGUGCGAUGCGAACCCCUCUCGCCAGUGUCCAACGCCAACAGAUGCGUUCGCUGCACGUCGACAACGUCGUGGGCAAUGUGAGUACUUCCGAACGCCUCCCGCCGCCUGCCACUUGUGCCGUCACUCUUUCACACCUUGAGAGGGUAUGGCUUAGCCUUCCUAGCUUUGUGCAUUCACUGACACUGUGUUUGUAUACUGUGCAACAGAACCACCCCUUCAGUAGGUCAUCAACACCACAACCCCAGGGGCUGUAGCGGAGCAGAUCGGCCGGCCCUAUCUCGACCCCUGUUCAAUCCAACAAUCUGCUCACCGUACAACCAUUCGUUCCAUACCACAGGUUACAAGUCCGGUUCCGGUUUGGCCAUCAGGAUGAUCGCCUUCUGCGGCCUCGGGUUCGCUACCCCCUUCCUCGCCGCGUCUUACCAAAUGUAAGCAUCGAGCCUCUCUCUCUAACACUUACAUCCAGCUUCUUUCGAUGACUCAUCAUUCGUGAUCUGUUGAUUGGUCCGCCAACUUUUCACAGCCACAAGGCCUCGGCUUAG